AACGCACCUCGGCUACAUUUGGAAUCAGAGCGAAGAGGAAAGAGGACUUGUCCGUGUUCGAGCUGCUGUUUCAGUAGUUUUGGUGGUGAUGGACCCUCCCGGCGGGCGAGACGAGCGUCGCCGUCAGGCCGAGCGUCUUCGGCGGGAGGAGGCGUACUACCACUUCAUCAAUGAGCUGAGUGAGGAGGAGUAUCGGCUCAUGAGAGACAGCAACCUGCUCGGCACACCGGGUGAAGUCACGGCUGAGGAGCUGAGACAGCGUCUGGAUGGAGCAAAGGAGCGCUUGUCCUCGCAGCCUCGCCCUGAAUCACGUCCACAGAACAGUGAGGCGGGACAGGAGGGCAGCAGUGCUGCUGCCGAAUCCGGGGCUGAGAGCACAAAUGGAGACUCUCUGCUGGAAUGGCUGAACACGUUCCGGCGCACAGGCAACGCCACCCGCAGUGGCCAGAGCGGGAACCAGACGUGGCGCGCUGUGAGCCGAACAAAUCCGAACAGUGGCGAGUUUCGAUUCAGCCUGGAAAUCAACAUCAAUCACGAACAGCCCGAGCCGGGGGAACACAGCGACACCUCUGAACCGGUCGAAAUCCCCGUUCCGCAGAGGGCCUCUGCUUCUCUACGCACUCCCCCAAGGCCCUCUCCCUAUUCCACUCAGCACCCUGCCCCUUAUUCUACCACCAGGCCCACCCUGGGGAGGCGAGCUCAGGCACGGCGCACUCGCAGUAGCAUGACUCCGCCCAUAACCCCGCCUCUGAUCUCCCAUGCUCCGUAUACAAGUUUGAGGAGGAACCUUGCUUUGCCUCAGCCAGUGCAGCUUCCUCCUCCUGCACCUCCUCCUCCUUCCGCUCUUUCACAGGCCACACCCAUAUCCCCGCCUCAACAACAGGAUAGUACUAACAGCAUGCAGGGUCAAGUACAGCCGCAGCUUUCUUCGCUUGGUAAUGAGGAGGAGCAGGAAGCUAACGAUACUCCGGACUGUCCGGAAAGUGGGUCUCAGGCCAGUGCCCAGGCAGUGGCACAAAGCCGCGAGGCACGCAGAACUCGUUCACGUGGCCGGGUCCGCCGGAUAGCUCUGUCUCGGUCCUCGCGUCGUAGCCGCUCUCCUCUGGAUCGAAACGCCGCUCGAAGCUCAAGCCCGACCCCCAGCAACAGUGCGCCUGCGCUAGAGUCCCCUGGAAACGUGGCUGCUGCCUCUGUGGAGAUGGUGGAAAUUCCUUCAGAGCCAACAGCAGCAGCGGAAUCUGCCACCGAAGUGGGCACAGAGGAGGGCGAGACACCUGCGUCUGGUGCGUCAGGAGGCGUCCGCCGGCACCCAACUAUCAUGUUGGAUUUGCAGGUGCGGCGAAUCCGGCCGGGAGAGAACCGGGACCGCGAUAGCAUUGCUAGCCGCACGCGCUCUCGUGCCCGUGCCGCGGAAAAUACAGUCACCUUCGAGAGCGACAGUGGAGGCUUCCGGCGGACCAUCUCGCGCUCAGAACGUGCCGGCAUCCGCACCUACGUCAGCACUAUCCGCAUUCCCCUACGACGCAUCUCGGAGACAGGUCUGGGCGAGCCGAGCUCAACGGCAUUGCGUUCCAUCCUGCGGCAGAUCAUGACGGGCUUUGGGGAACUCAGUUCCUUAAUGGAGACGGAGGCAGACCCAGAAGGCUCCGCCCCUGGACAGAACGUGGGCGUCACCAGUGUGGCUCAGGCACAGCGCACGCAGGGUGGCGAAGCCACAACGGGGAGUUCUGUAACCGAUUUGGGACGAGAGGGUGGAGCAGUAGGCGACGCAGGCCAGGCCAGGCUGGGCGCCAACGGACGGGACACAAAUAACCUGGUGGAAAACGGCACCUUGCCCAUCCUGCGCCUGGCGCACUUCUUCCUUCUGAACGACGAGGAGGACGACGAGCACCCGCGCGGCCUCACCAAAGAGCAGAUUGACAAUCUGGCUACGCGCACCUACGGCCAGGCGAGCCUGGAGGGUGAACAGGGGCGCGCCUGCAGCGUCUGCAUUAACGAGUACGCACAGGGCAACAAGCUGCGCAGCCUUCCCUGCGCACACGAGUUCCACAUCCACUGCAUCGACCGCUGGCUCUCGGAGAACAACACGUGCCCCAUCUGCAGGCAGCCCAUUCUGUCCAGCCACCAGGACUGACUCCGUUCCUUAAUCGCUCCUGUACAUAGCGCUUCGGCUGUUCCACCUGUUCCUCCAUCGAAACCCACUGUCUUCGGCUGUAGGUAGAACCAAAAGAAGAAACGACACAGAGAAUUAACAAAGCUUUAUUUUUUUAGACCUGUUUUCCUUUUUUGUUUGUGCCCCCCAAUCCCCCCCCCCCACCUCCCGUCCGCGUCGACCCCCUCCCAUCCUGCUUCAGGGUUUCCGUUAACGAAACAUGACAAAUACUAACUGUGAAGAAUCAGUGUUAAAUCUAAUCUUCAGCAUUUCACAACAUGGAUUUUAUAGCUCAAGCUGUACAUGCCAGACUCGGAGGAGAUCCGUGUAAAUACAUGAACGCCUGUGCUUUUUAUUUUUUUUUUUGUUUUUCCGCGAGCGUUCCACAAGGCGCCGUAGAAACACGCGUAAGAUAAGCUCCUUUCUGAACGGUGCGAGUUUAGUUUUUACUUCUUGCUCUCUUAGCAGGAUGGUCCACUUUUAACGCUCUUAACGACUUUUAGCGCAUCGGCGUGCGGCGACGGACGGGACGCCUGACUCUGACUCGCAGUUUUAAGAUUAUAGUCGUUGAAACGGCAACUCAACACUACACGCUAGAACAAUAUAGACUGCUUUUCUUUUCUCCCCACUUCACAGCUCUGAUGCUUCACCAUGUGGAUUAUUUAAUGGUCUUUCAUCGGCCCCGUUGCGUGCAUGCGUCAUUAUCGGUUCUUUUUUUUUUUUUUUUUUUUUUUUUUAAAUCAGUGUGUGAAUACAAUGACAGCAAAACAGGUCAUUCUUCACUGAGUGAUGGAUAAUCAGUUCGAUAUUCUUCUUAAAGCACUUGCAGAAGGAGAUUUAGGAUUUAAAAAAAGUGUUUUGCCUUUAACUUUUACAAUAGGUGCAAUGAUAGAACAAAAAGAGUGGAUGAUUUUAAAUGUGUUUAUUGCUAUUUUGAAGUACACAAAUGCUAAUAUUUCUCGUUCAGCUCGGCUUGUUACUGACAUUUGAGUUGUUUGAGUGUGUGUGUGUGUGUGUGUGUGUGUGUGUUAUGUUUGCUUUUUUUCCCUCCUAUUACAUGCUGUUGUCUUCCAGGUUUUGUCCCUCAAUCCGAUUCCCCUAUGCUUCCUGUUCUAAUGGCUUGUUUUUCCCUUUUUCACUUCCUUCCGAUUUAGUAAAUUACACUGAACAAACCCAACAGUACUCAAUAUCAUCAGAACACAGAGGCAGAUAGCAUUUUUAUUAUGAUUAUUAUUAUUAUUACAUAAACGCAGCUUAGAAUUCUCUCCGAACUAUAAUUCUUCAGGAAGGUGACAAACUGACUUUUCUCCGCUUAAAGGGCUUUUGAUGAUGAUGAUGAUGAUGAGCAGGAGGAGCAGCAUCAUUCAGCUUCUGUGUUCUUAUCCUUUGUGCAUGAACAGGGUUUUACACACACACACACACACACACACACGCUGCAGCCGCGUUUCCCUUCUUCCUUCCGAGCAGACGAAUCGGUACGCCUUCAUUACGCCUCAAUGUCUCGUUUAAAGGAAACAGUAGGAAAAAAUAAGUGGUUUCCUCGACCUUUUCUUUCCAGGUGUUGUGGAUUAUACUUGCAUUUUGUGUGUAUGUUGCGAAGGAACUCGUGUGUGUGUGUGUGUGUGUGUGUGUGUGUGUGUGUGAGAGAGAGUGAGUGUGCGUGGGUGUGUGGAUACCUAUGAAACAGUGAGUAUGCUAGUGGUCAUGCAUCCAAGAACGCGACGGGGUCUUUGGCCAUGAAAGAAAAAAAAAUCCAGAAUGAUUUAUUUAGUUCUUAUUUAAUGAGGUAAGAAACGACCUUGAGAUAUGAAUAUGUAUUAUGUUCUAAUGUGAUGCUAAAAGAAACAGUUAUGGAUAUGUAUUCUGUUACUAUGUAAUAAAGCGAGCAAAUGAGUUUUCUGCUCCUUCAGAUGAAA